UGUGUGUGUGAGAAAUCCUACCCCAAUUUAUUUGUGCAAUUUACUUUUUUUUAGCAGUGGCAAAUACUUGAGUGCUUGAUCUGGUGCGUGUGUGACGUUCUCUGUCUCUCUCAGGCAGCUCUGUGACUUUACAAAUAAGGAACUAAGUACGCGGAGGAAGUUAGACAAUAAUGGCAACUUGGAUUUCUCAAUAUAUUUUGUGACAAUGUUUUCUGUGCUGCUAACAUAAUUUUGAGUUGUGACAACUGCAGAAGAAUCAGAUAUCUCCAUAGGUACUCUCAGUGGUGGGAUGUAACAAAGUACAUUCACCUUGUAACUGUACUUAACUACGUUUUUCCAGGCUGCCUUCCCCAUAUCCGUGUCCCAGUCUAUGGCUGCCGAUGACUAUAACCCUGUCUCCCUCCGACACAAAUCCAAGAAGAAGAGCAGAGGAGGAAAUGGCACAAUGAGCAGAAGACGGAUCUCGGUCAAAGAGCUGGGUCAGCCGGACCACCAGGGCUGGCUGUACAGGAAGAAAGAGAGUAAAGGCUUCCUGGGCAUGAAAUGGAAGAAGUUCUGGUUCGUGCUGAAGAAGACGGCGCUCUACUGGUACAACAACCAGCUGGCAGAGAAAGCCGAGGGCUUCAUUGACCUCACCAACUUCAUGAUUGACAGAGCCAUAGAGUGCAAGAAGAAACAUGCGUUCAAGGCCUGUCACCCACAGGUCAUGAUGUUUUAUUUUGCUGCCGAGAGCCACGAGGAGAUGAACUUAUGGUUGAAUAAGCUUGGGUUAGCCUCCAUUAAGUACGAGCCCACAGAACAAAACCCUGCAGCCGAGUGUUACAGUGAGGCCAGUGACCAUGAAGAGGCUGAAAGCACAGAGAUCCCCCCUCCACCAUACUCUGAACAGACGCUGCGGAACUCUGUGGAGGCACCAACACCGCCUGGCAGCACACAUCAGGGUACCCUCCCUCCCCCUUACUCCUCCGCGGCCCCCAGCGAGGCCAACUGUUCGCUCUCGUCACCCGUCAGCACGAUGACGUCGCAGAGCUCCGCCUCUUCGCUCGCCAAGCACCGGCAGUCCUGGCUGGACCUGGUCUCGCAGGCGUCUCCUCCCGCUGGGGAAACGGCCGUGGUGUGCUCGGCUCAGGUACACUCGCAGCAGCAGCUUCCACGGGAGGAGGCAGAGGAGCAGGGGGAGGAGGUAGAUGGAGGCCCUCAGGUGAUGGAGAGUUCAGUUCACAGGGGCCCUUCAGACGUGGUGUUUAAGGAGGACAACACUGCUGCGGAGGGGGAGGCACAGAAGGAGAGUUCAGGUGCUCAAGAUGAAGGGGAUCAUGGGAACGGCUCCGAUGAGAUGGAGAGGCUGUACAUUCAUCUAAAACAGGCGAGCCUGUCCCCAAUAGGAAAUCGCAAGCCCUCGACUAAAAGGGAAUUCAGGGCCUCCUUCGUAAAACGCUGUAAAAACCAUACUAUCAACGAUAAACUGCACCUUAUCAGGACACUCAACAGCACGUUAAAGUCGAAGGAAGCAGACCUACAGGUAAUCGAGCAGUUGCUUACGAAGCAGGAGCUCACAUCGCACAAGUUCAAAGAGUGGAAGGAGGCCAACGGGCCCUUGGUGCAGGAGAUCUGCGUGAAACUGAACCAACAGGUGGCGCCAGAGGCCACGAAAGCUGCAGCAUCAGUCAGUGCUGCUCCAGUGGUGGAGACUAGUUUAUAAAGACUCCUCAUUUCUACUGUAUCCAGACUUACACACACACACACACACACACACACACACACACACACACACACACACACACACACACACACACACACUGAUGUUUUCAAUUGAGAAUAUCAGCCAUAUCAGCCGACUGUCAGUGCUGUUAAACAAGUAACUGGAUCAAUGAAGAAAAGUGUUUUUUACGUGGUUUUUACGUGGAGACAAUAAAUGAACAUCAGUUCACAGUGAAAUGUGUUUUUUGUAAUACUUUUAUUUUUUGACUUGUGAGAUUAGAUCAUUUCCCCGGCGACUGUUUUUAACAUGUAAAUCUGUGAACCUAUGCAUACGUUGUUUUGAAUAAUGGAGGACGUUGAAAUAAUGGAUCCGUUGUUCUCUGCAUGGAAAAUACUUGUUUUUACAGUUUGGUUUCUAUCUGAUUUGAUUUCAUCAGUUGUGAACAUGUUUUAAUCAUUUUUUUUUUCUCUUAUUGGUGCCAUGCACCUUUUACUGCUGUUUCACUUGAGUCUCACAGAAACUGUUGUGAAUGAUCAGAGUGUGUUGUUCAUCAUAGAAAAUUACAUCAUCAUACUUUACAAACUGAGCUCCUCCUUUGCAGUAGGAAAGCCUAAACAAUGAAGAAUCCCAACCUUAAUGACUAACAAAAUAUUGACAGUAAUAGAUAAACAAUGUGAGAAAGACUUAAUUACUAACAAAAGAUUAGAUUUGAGCCAGGAAAACAUAGGAUACAUGGUGGAUAAUUCUCAGGAAAAACAAGCUGAAAUUGUUUAAAAUACUCUGCUUGGGCCAACAAACCCAAACCAUAUAUAGUUCCAGCUAAGCAGAGAAUUAGGAGGUUGUACAGUAACGGGCAUUAUGUGACUGUGCCCAGCCACAGCUCCACAGAGCAACUGGUUCAGGAAGCUCAGACCAAGCAAAGUUCCCUGUCAGGAGCCAAAACCAAGCCCCAGGCACAAGAGAUGCAUUUUUCUGAAUAAAGUUUCAUCUGUCGUGCACAUUAAACAUUAACUGAGUGUAAAUAGUUGUAAAUGGAUGUUCAUUCUUUUUGAUAUGUGUUCUGGUAUGAAAGUCAUUGUGAUUGUUUGUAUAUAGUGAAAUAAACUGUUACGAAAUUGAA